AUGGCGGUGUUGUUCCUCAAGAUGGCGGCGUUGUUCCUCAAGAUACGUGUGGGGUGUUCCCUCAAGCAGUUCAUGAACAAGGUGUCAUCGUUGUGGUUCUCGAGCACAGUGAAACGUACGUGUGUGUGUGUGUGUGUGUGUGUGUGUUGUUUAUAUAGAGACGUGACUGAUAAUGCUUUUGUGUUUGUUUACAGGAUACAGGUGUCGGGUCACGCGGUGCGGUGGGACAGUCGCUUCACCUUUACCUGCAAGAUGACCGCCAACGCCUCCACGGGGGAGCUGGACUCGUGCAUGUGUCGCGUCUCCGUCAGGCAGGAGGUGCGUGGAGGCAAGUCAUUCCAAAAGCUUGGGUACGCUGAUGUGAAUUUAGCAGAGUUUGCUGGAUCAGGAGGCUCCCAGAGAUACCUACUGGAGGCUUACGAUUCCAAACAUCGCCUCCACAAUUCCAUGCUGAAAGUCACCGUGGACAUGACACUAUUGUCCGGCGAUCCUUGCUUUAAAGCUCAACCAUCACGGGGCACUCGGUAUCAGCCACCUACAGAAACUGGAGCAGAGGAGGCUCCACCAAGCAGACCUACAUCAGGCUCUCUUGCAUCAUUAACAUCCUCAGGUUAUGAUUCUCUCAAAAAGAAAGUCAACGAAGUGUUUGGAGACAGUGAGGAAGGUGAAGGUUGGGGAGGGGAGGCCCCAGGUCAUUCCAGAAACUCCUCCAACACAAGUCAUGGUUCACAUGCUUCUGGUUAUGCAUCUAUUAACUCCCAGUCAGAAAAAUCAGGUCACAUCAGCCGUUGUCCAACAUUCACCGUCUGGUCACCGGACAGCAUCUAUCCUUCUUCCAAGCCAAGUAGCUUCCGUUUAUACACUACUAACACCAGUGGCUCAGACCAGCUUUACACUCACCCUUUUCAUUAUCCACAUCCUAAGGGUCUGCCUCCCUCUAAACCUACUGCUCGCUUCCACUUGCUACCUGCUGCACCUAAUGAAACUUCUUCCCUCUGCAACACUCCAACUUCUGAGUCACGAAGGCAGAGUGUGUUAUUAUUAACGGAACUAUCCAGUCUCCUUGGUGGCUCGACACCGUCACUUGUGUCCCAAUCCUCCUCCGGUACUUGGGGAGGAUCUGUGUCCAGUGGUGUAAGCCCUGAUGAUGGUAGCCGCACAUUGAUAGGUUCUCCUCAGCUUCCCACAUGGUCAGUUGGAGCUUUGCAAACAGCACUUCCAGCUUUUGCAGUGCAUGCCGACUCUUCCAGUUUGCAUGUUGCCACAGACUCGAAUAAGGAGAACAGAAGCAGUAGUGCAGGCUCUGGUGGAAUGAGCGAGGGUGGUUCAUUAGAGCGAACAGCAGCAAAUAGAGCUAAAAAUGCUGCAACAGAAGCUAACAAGGAAUCGAGGGUAGAUGCCACUCGAAUUGAUGCCAAUGAUAUCAUUAAUAAGCUUUUCGAGGAUACAAAAAUUGAAUCGCUAAAAGCUGAUGAUUCUGCAGAAACAUCUGGCCUACAGUUGUACAUUGGACGUGACGGAACAGCAGCUUUGGGUGGAAGAAGUAUUAAUUCAGGAGGAGAGUUCAAGCCAGUGGUGUUUGAAAAGAGAUAGCAGCAGCCGUAAUGUGAGGGACCUGAACCUCCAUUGAACAGAUUUGGGCAUCAAUUCUGAAACCACAUAGAAAUGUAAACCCAUACUCCAGCUAGUCUCUGACAAUAAAUUCCUAGAGAUAAACAUGCAGUUGUAUCACACUGAAGCACUAACAAGGUAUGCUAAUGUAAGUGGUUUCAGAUAUUUGCAACAGUGGUUUCAGAAUUGGCUCCUUUUAAGGCUGCCAAUGAAAAAAAAAUCGUAGCUAGCAUGCUUCCAGGCCAAAAUGCUGUUAUCAUAUGACUGAGUUUGUUCUGGAAACAACGAAGUAGUGAAUGAUGUCACGAAGUAAUAUAUGUGAGUAAAAGAAUUAUUGGAUGGUGAAAUUAUUUUGUUGGAAAUUACGUGAGCAACCUUCAAUGUUUUACUAGGAAAUUUUCUUCAUGCUAAAUAACUGAGGAUAUAUCACAGUGAAAUUAGGUUAUCAUGAUUAUCACUUCCAUAUAAUUACCUUGUAACAGUACGAGUGAUUAUGAGAGACUUUUAUCAAGAAUUACUAAUUGUCUAAGAGUAUAAAACAAGGUGGUGUUAUGUGAUGGAAGUAGAAAUAAUUGGUCAGUAUUUAUUUGGUGUAGACAAAUGUUUAAUUAUAAUUACAGUACCCCGGUAUAAUAAAUUCUCCGAUUUUUCUUUUCUUUUUUAUUUGCACAAUUGGAUAUUGGAGUGCCUUAGUGUUUCACAAGGUCUUAAGUUAACAAUUGGCUCAACUUUGAUUUGCAAUUCUUGAUUUAAGACAGUAGUCCCAGGAACAAAUAUUUGAAUUCAAUGAAGGAGUACUGUACUAGGAAUCAUUCUUAAAGUAAGCACAAUAUAGCGAAUCACUUCAAAAAUAUUAAUGAAAUAUAAGAUGACUUGAUUAACCAGAGGAACUUAAAAAGAAGGCAAAUCUAAUACUGUACACAUCAUCUUUGCUUUCUGAAACUCAUGUGAAGUUCAUUACCUAUUAGAUACCUUCAGUUAUAUGCGUCAUAAAAUUUGUAAGGUCAUGUCAUACAGUUUUCUGUAGAAUACUCUCAUAUACCUGUACAGUACAGUAUUCAUAAUACUGUAGAGACAAAAACAAAUUUUCUAACUUUGGUGAAUUACUGAUGAUGUUUAAUAGGACAUGAGUUUCACAAGAGAGGCCAAAUCUUUGACUAAAAGCAUUUUUUAUGCAAUACAAUAGGUCACUUGAGGGAUUUAAAUUUUGUUCUCCAAUGGCCUCUACAUGUUACAAAUAUUGUACAAUAUUUACCAUGAAUAGCUAUUUGUCAGCAUUCCUUGACAUCGGGAAUAACAAGACAUGGCCAGUCAAGAACAGUAUUUUUUUUGUCCUACGUAGUUGGUUAUUCACUUGAAGUGUUGAGAACCCUUUCUAAAGUAAUUUACUGUAUAUUCAUAAUAAAUCAAUCCAUAUCCCAUUAGGCUGCUAUGUAGCAGGGUGGCCUAUGUAUAAGAUUUUCACACACCACUGUCUUAGCACAGAUGCAGAUUCCUCUGCUGAUAUAACACCACACUCAUUCAUAUAAUCCCUUGCUCUAAUUCAUGUGUAACUUCAUUCUUAUUUUAAAAUUAUCCAACUCCUCCUUACUCGACAAUACAUGUCUUUACCCUUGAAUAAUCAGUCUUUCCACUUUCCCCUCUCAUUGCUGUAGCUACUUUGUUUAUAUUCAAUACUUUCCUAAUUCCAAGUAUAUAUUUUUUUAAAUCUACUGACACCUUGCCAAACUUUUAUACUGUUGUGGACACCUGUUUCACUGUCAUACUGUUGUGUGGGUCAUACCAUCACUAAAUACCUGGCAUGUUUCACCACUUCUCUCUCUCUGGUGGCAGUUUGCUUUCAUUCAUAUCUUAAUUAAAUCUCAUUCACUCAACUGAAAGCACUGUCUCUCCUGUAGCGUUAACUGUCUAUUUAAACUUGCAUUAUUUUUUUUAUUUUUUUUUUAUUCUCCAAUUCUUUAACCAGGGUAUGUGUGUUUGUGUGAGCUUUUAUGUAUGUGUAGAUGUUCAGAUGUAUGUGACUAUUUUUUUUAGCUGUUUGUGUUUGCCUGGACUCUGUAUACACCUGUAGUGUACGAGGAUUAUUUGAGUGUGUAUGAUUACUCAUAUUUAUUAUGUGUUUAUAAAUAUUUAUAACUACACCUCUAUCCAAGUCUCUCUUAAUUCCACACCAACACAUUCAUUGAUUUAUUUACUUUUUAUUUUUUACAUUUUGCUUAAUCUUCAUAGUUUUACUCAAUUUACUGUUCAACCACUUACUAAGUGCCUUGCAGCUCCAAAUAUUCUUUCUUAUGAGUUUGUCUACUAAUCAAACCUUAAACUCCUACAUUUAUACAUACUGUACUGUACUAUGCACAAUCCUUUAUUCUUAACUCAUUUAUUCUCUACAAAAUCAGUAAAUCAGGAAUGCCCUUUUCCUUUUUCUCUAUUUUUGUUGUUGUGAAGGUAUGAUUCACACACACACACACACACACUUACUUCCAUAAAUCCUUCUUUAUUUUCUUGCAUAAAUAGCUACUGUAUAUAUAUAUAUAUAUAUAUAUAUAUAUAUAUAUAUAUAUAUAUAUAUAUAUAUAUAUAUAUAUAUAUAUAUAUAUAUAUAUAUAUAUAUAUAUAUAUAUAUAUAUAUAUAUAUAUAUAAUAUUUUCCUGUUUACAGUAGUAUUACAGUCACUUCAUCCAUCCAGUUGAUUAGCACAUUGUCUUCCUUCCAUACUUUUUGAACAAGAGUUAACUCUGGUAAUGGUAAUGAUUUAUCAGAGUAUAAACUCCUUAUGUGGAAGGUGUAAUGUAUGAAAUAUGCUUGUAGAUGUAGACAGAGGCACCACCUUGGUAGGUUCAUCUAAGUUGAAGUGUUGGUGCUUUAGAAAUACUCAAAAUUGUUGGAGAAGAACAGUACAUUAAAAGGGAACAUACAGUUUUAUGUGAAAUUAUUUAUAUCUGUUGCUAAUUGUCAUGAUUAAUGGUCUUCUGCAUCAAAUACACUGUUUUGUAAUUUAAAGCAAGGAAUUACAGUAUAUAGAAUAACGCAUUGGUUUAUAUACAUUAGAGCUAACUAGAGAAUAUGGUGUCAGCACUCAACAUUGUUGUUAGUGAACGUUUGUGUUGCUUUGGUUUGAAGAUCCAAGCUUGCACGAAUCUGGACAACCAUAGUCAGAUUAUUUGUUCGUCUUUUUCUAUCAGUUGGAUACUUUCUUAGUGGAGACGUUAACUCGUUUUUAUAAAUCUGUAAAUUAUUAAUGUUGACCUAAAGACACUUAUAAUAAUAUGGACAAAGAUUGAAACAAGAUUUAUUUAUUUCGGCGCCAUCUUUUCAAAUACCUGUACUACCGUACCCAGAGUCGGAAGUUUCCAUGGAUGGAAUUACUUGCAUACAAAUUAUUUUCCAUAUUAAAUAUUCGAGUGCUUUGUAUAUUAUUACAUAAUUAGAUAUAUUUUUUUUCUACAUGACAACAAAAUGUUAAUAACAUGACCAAUUUUAAAUUAAGUUGGCUCACUGAAAAAACAAAUGUUUUAAAACUAGUAAUCAAGACAUGUGCUUUAUAUACAGAACAGUGUAUUGCAGUGUCUCACUGUAAGAUCUUAUAAUAAGUAUCAUUUUGUCAACAAUUUAGAAUACAGUCUCUAAGUUGCUAAGAGAUAUGACCAAGUGUUACUCUUAAUGUCAUUUAUAAUUUCAGUAGAAAAGUAACCAUUUGAAGUCCGUGAAGUAUGUCACGGGACGUACAGUUUUGAUCACCAGUGUGGGUGUGAAUGACAGGUCUGCAUUGUACAUGUAUGCUUAUUUGUAAGGUUGUGUGCAUGACUGUUGAAGUGUAUUAUAACUCAGUGGGUUGGAGGAACACAGUGGACAUUUGUCCCAGUUGGGGUUGACAUAAGUCAUAGAAAAUUUACAUUUGUCCUCCUAAGAAAUAGAAGAACAAGUAUACUCAUGAUUUAGAAUUCCCUUACUGUUUUGGAUAACUGAUUGUGUGUUUCACUGUUGACCUUCACCAACCGUUUGAUCUGGCUGUUGUACUAAUAUUCGGUGUAGCUUGUGAACUCGGUGAACCCUAGUUGAACCCUAGUCAAGCACUGACUGCACAGACAUGCAUGAUGGUGCUUUGGUGAUAGCAAGUGAAUUGGUUUCUGUCAGUCAUACUGAAUAGCGUGCCUGGUUUUUGUAUAUACCGUACAUUUGUAUGUCAUUUCUUUAACAAAUAGGAAAUGAUAUAUGGGCUCAAUCUUCCCAAAAUUAAACUUUGUUUUACAGUUUUCAUUAGAAAUCUGUGUGUUUUGCACAAUAUACUGUUAGAUGUUACCUUGGCACAGAAAUUAUUUAUAUAUUGUACACCCACAAUGAUCUGGCAAUACCAUCAGAUAAUUAUAUACUGUAGUGGUUCUGUCAUUUUUUAAAAAAAAAAAAAAAAAAAAAAAACAUGUGAAGAUUAAUAUCACAAAAUAUUUCUAACCGUGGUCAAAAAGGCCUCGUGUCCCAAAUUUAUGGAGAUCAGAGUUAAGAGGGUUUAUGGAAGCCAUUAUCCAACCCACAACAAACAACUGUGGUAAAUUAGCCUUCAUGUUACAGUACUGCUAACACUUUCCAACCUAAUAUUUUUUAACAAGUGUAACUCUACUGUAGGAUGUUUUCCCAAUAUCAGAUAAGGUAAUGUAUUAACUUACUUUACAUAAUGGUGGUGAAAAAUCUUUGGAAAAGUACAAAUAUUUGUGGAUAAAGUAAGCUUCAAUACAUAUGUAUAUUACCUAUUUAAUGCUAAAUGAUGACAGUGGUAAGAUAAAGCUUAUAUGAUAUGCUUAUAGUGCAUCCUUUAAGGAAGAAAAGAUGGACCACAGAUUGCUUUAUUUUUAUUUCUUAGGCCAUCUCUUGACUUUGACACACACACACACACACACACACAUUGAUAAUUUUGUAUAACAAAAUUUCUUCAAGGAAAAAAAAAAAGAAAAGAAAAAAUACUCUACUGGUGCUCACAGGCCAAUCAUCAUAUGCAAGUGGCUGGGUACCAUUGCUCACUGAUCAUGAACCAUUUAAGCACUGAAUCUUGGGUAUGAUGGCUUGUACUUCCAUCAAUACAAGGGCCAACAGUUUGAAUUUAUUAUGAGCCCACAUUCCACAACAAAAGUACCUAUGUUACCAUUCAGACUUCUGUGUGUAGUUAUAUUUGUAAUUUACUUUGUAAAUAGUAGAUUAAUAACAGAUUAUUCAAUAAAGUCAGUGAAAUCAUU